GCUUAUAGAAGAUCUCCGCAACAAGUUCCCGAUACGAAAACACGAACUCUCAUCUCGACUCCGAUUAUUUAUAUUUGGUGCUCUCUCUCGCACACCAUUUCGCUCUCGUCUCGAAGCGACGAGCUGAAUCCUCGUUGAUCAAUACGUUCUUCGGCGUUUAUCUAUCGGCGUGUUCGUUGCUCUCGCGCAGCAAAAACGAAAACUCGAGCGCGCGGCAUUGUUCUUAACGCGGCAAUUUCCGAUCGACGAAGUCAGUCAGUCGGCCGGUGAAUUCGAUAUGUAUCGAGAGCGUGACGAACGUACGCCGUUAAUUGCACCGGCAAGAAAACGAUGGAUCCCCAUGCGGAUUCUCAUGUGCGUGAUGACCUUCACCGCCUGCUGGACCAGCUACAUGUGCCGUCUGCAGAUGCCGAUCCUGGUGGUGCCGAUGAUCCGGGACGCGCCGGGACUCAACAACCUCACCGCCGGCGUUUGCGUGUUCGAUGAAGAAAUAAUCCGGUCACGACGCUCCAUCAUCUUCGACGCGCUCGACCCAGCCGGCUACCUGGAGAACCAAAUCAUGGAAGAGCUCGAGCUGAAGCGAGCGGAGUCUCGAUAUCGUCGGCAAGCCCAAUUAGAGGUGCGUCCGCCGAACGCUCCCAUCCGGCUGUUCGGCGGUCAGCCCUUCGAUUGGACCCCGAAUAUACGGGGCCAACUGAUCGCCGCUUACGGCUACGGCAACGUGCCGGGCAACUUCAUCGGCGGCUGGCUGUCGCUGCGCUACGGGCCGCGCCGGGCGGUUCUCUGGACGUCGCUGUUGGCCGCUCUGGUGUCACUGGUGAGCCCACUGCUCGCCCAGUUUCACUGGCUCGUGCUCUUCUUCUCGAGGAUCAUCAUCGGCGUCACCGGCGGCGUCAUCUUUCCCGCCGGACACACGAUGGUGGCGAAGUGGGCACCGCCGAACGAGAAGUCACGCUUCGUCUGGUCUCUGCUCGGAGGCACCUUCGGCACGAUAUUAACGUACCCCAUGGUGGCCGCCAUCGCCGAGACGAUGGACUGGGAGUCAGCCUGGUACAUUCCGUCCCUGCUGAUGCUCGUGUGGAUCGUCGUUUGGGCGGCGAUUGCGUACGAUUCGCCCUCGGAGCACCCGGGGAUCACGCCUGCGGAGAGGGAUUACAUAUUGAACGCGCAAGCAGGAAUAGUCCGUACUGAGAAACCCACGUGGAAGCAGACGCCGAUGAAGAAAAUAAUGACGUCGGUGCCGUUCAUCAGUUUGAUCAUAUGCCACUUCGGGAAUCUCUUCUUAUUGUUCUUCUAUCAAAAUUCCCUGAUGUUAUACUUAACAAAAGCACUGGGUUUCCAAUUGACGAAGGGCGGCGCGGCGGCGGGCGCGCCCUGGGCUGGCAGGAUGAUAUUCGGUUUCGUCUUCAGCUGGAUAGGCGACACCGUGAAGAGGAAAAAUAUCAUAUCCAUCACCCUUCUGCGAAAAAUCGCCACCAUAUUUUCGCAUUUUUUACCUGGCGUUUUCCUGAUACUAGUCGGUUACGUCGGCUGCGACAUAGUGCUCGCGAAUGUUUGCUUGGUAUUCGCGCUAGGUUUCAACGGCGCCGCGAUUAUCGCAAAUUUAUCGAAUAAUCAAGAUCUGGCACCCAACUUCGCUGGCUUUCUUUACGGUAUCAUGAACACGAUCGGAAGCAGCUCCGGAAUUAUUAUACCGCCCAUGGUUGAGGAGAUAGCUGGGAAAUACGGGAAUCCAAUCGACAGAUGGCAGACGGUUUUCUGGAUAGGCGCAGGAGUAUGCAUCGCGUCCAUGGUGAUCUUUCUGUUCGGCGGUAGCGGUAAGAUUCAAAGUUGGAACGAAAUUCAAUUUCAAAGGACGGACGACCAAGAACUAGAAAGAGCGCGGCAGACCGCUGAAAAAUAAUGACGGGUUUCUAUCUUUCGGCCUUCGAACUGUGUUACAGUGAAGACACUUUUCCAAUUAUCUUUAAGUUGAAUUUUGGAAUGGAACGACAGCGCAGAAAGUAUCGCAAGGACGAAAAACAAAGUUAAAGUGUCUAAAAGAUGUUUGACAAGGAUAAAAAUAAAAAAAUUAAUAAAUUCGA